AUGCCCAGCGCGAAUGGCUCUGCAUCCGCCGCCGCGACGGCCCGUGCGCCGCUGCCGUCCGCCGUCCUGACGUUCAGCGACACCGACGCCGAGUUCGCGCGCGCGCUCCAGUCGUACGACAUUCCAUCCGUCACCGAGGCGCUGCGCCGGUACCUCGCGUCCGAGACCCAAGCCGGGAGUCUCUCGGCCGCCAAGCACCAGUCGGUGCAGCUCCGCAGCGUCUUUUACGAGCGCUUUAACCAGCUCCUCGACCGCGUGUUUGGCGUCGACGCCGUCUCGAAGCAGAAGUAUGGCGGCUGGCUCGACUACAGCGCGGGCCUCGGCGCCGCGCCGACUGCAGGGUCCGCUGCUGCGCUUGCAGCCAAGAAACGAGUCGAGCAGCGCGAGGAGAGAGCCUUAGCAGGCGUCGCGACCGAUGACGAUGACGGUGAGGAGUUGUUUGGGUCGUUGACCGCCAGUGGUCGAGCUAUGGUCAAGCUCCUGGGCGGCGGAGUGCGUGCAGAGGACGGGUCGGUCUUCCAGUUUCUCUUUCGCGUGCCGCACCCCGUGGAGUUUAAGUUUGCACUCGAGAUGCUGCCAGAACAGAGCAAGAUGGCGAUCGCCAGUGGUCGAGGCGCGAGUCUGCUGUUCACGCAGCUGCUGCACAAGCCGCUGGCCAAGCAGAGACUGGAUCUUCGCCGGCCCGAGCUGCUCGUGUCCAUCGCGGAGCUCUAUCUGUUCUACUUUUUCCGCCAUCCAGCAUCGUCGUCACAUCCAGGCGGUGGCGAGUCAACAACUGCAGCGACGUCGGGAUCAACUGCUAGUGGGAUGAUGUCGGCGGUCAAACCGACGUCGUCUUCGUCGUCGAGCAGCGCAGCCAAGAGCCGGCAGUCGAACUGGCGUAUGUACAACAAAGAUGGAGUGGCAGCGUUGACGAGAGGGAACCCAUACAGCGUGCUGCUAUUGCAGUAUUUGCGAGCAUUCUUGCCCGACACCAAUCGCGGCGUCAAGAGCCGCUUUCACGGCAAGCUGCUGAAAGACUCGAACCUCUUUCUGCACAUCAUGAUUGAGUUUUGGCUGCGGCAGAACCUCAUUUCAUUCUCGGAUGAGCCUGUCGGUGCGUCAAGUGAGGCUCCAGGCGAUUGUCAACCACCACCUCCCAGCAACACGCUGGUGAGCCCAUUCGCUGCAGUGUACACGUCGACCAGUUACAUGGCGCCUUCCGAUGACUUGCUCAGCUCACUGCUGCUCGCCAUUAUCUAUUUAUUAUCGGAUUCCUUUUUUCCUGCCCCAUUGGCGGGAGACGCCACGAGUGGGUCUCAAGGUGGCGGAACUGGCAUGAUCGCCGGCAGUGGUGGCGCUUAUUUGAGCCGUAGCGUCACUAUGCUAAGGCCUCCACUCUACGCGUUAUUUCGCCUGGUGUUUUCUCGUGCUCCCAUUGGACUCUCGCCACGAGCAUUCAUGGCUAUUGUCGACGUUUGGCUCGCAUACAUCCAGCCGUGGCAUUGCCGAUCUUGGAUGGACUCGAGAGAUCCCACGACAGCAUGUCUGGGAUCCAGGGCAGAUGAAGCAACGCAAACUGGAUAUACACCAGUGUGGGAAAGCUAUGUGCUGGCAAAUUACCACUUUUACACAACGCUGUUGGGCACUUUCGUGGAACGAGCAAAAGAGCUGGACUUUUCCGCAGGUGACGAGCGUAACCUGGAGAUCGUUGACCGCGUGAUGAGUGUGUACAAUGCGGAUUUGUUGGCACUUUUGCGUCGGGCGUCGCUCCAUCUAGAAAAGUGCCAGCCGUUCGCGAUACCGUUUGGCUUGAACCGUGGCGUAAGUCGCCCACGUACGGACACUUCGUUGAAGACCAAAUCUACUGCUGACGUGUCGCUCACAGCAACUCAAGCGCAUGUGCUGACAUUUUACUGCAAGUCCUUAGGAAUCGAGUGCACGCCGGUGCCGCUGCACGAUAGCUUCCACCGCGACGCUGAGCGUCUGUUCGAUAAGCUGUGGGCGGCGGUGGCGACAUCUGCCUCGACGACGUCAUCAUCUGCAGACUUGUACCAGAAUGUGAGUGCCGUGUUCCGUGCGUCCGAUACGAAAGCAGAUGACGAAGUGGUGGAGCAAGUACAGCGCUUGAGCCGCAUGUUGCGGCGUGUGUUUGAGAUUUCAGAUGCCUAUGUCGCAUCAACUGCGCACUCGCGUUUGUCGGCUACUGGUACCGGUGGUGGUGUGGAAUCCUUUGCGCCAAGCCGAGACAAGAAGCUGCCGCACUUGCUUUCGCGCGAGGGAGUUUUCCAGCUGCAGCAUGGAAUGCGCUUAUGCUCUGCGGAUACGGCGCAGUACAUCGGUGAUCCCAUGCUCAGUCCAAUUUGUUCGUACGAGGUGGUGUGGCUCGUACGUCUUUCGUACCGCGUCUCGACGUGGCUCAACGCAAAGUUUGGGUUUGUGAAUCCGUACCACGGCAAGCGACUCGACGAUAACUUGGAAGUGGACCCUGCGAGUCCCUUCAUGUACUUUCGUUUUAACUUCCGCUUCCUCGCCAGCAAAGUGAACCUCAGCUACCUUGGUGCAUUCCUCCUCCUGUUGUAUGUGAUGUACUUCUGGUAA